AAUAAUUCAACUGACACUGAUACUGACACCGUACUGGAAUCGCGUAAUCAAUGAUGGUUGAAACUUGAACAACGUUCCUCAGCCGUCGAUCAUCAACUGUACAGAACGCUCCGAUCCGACGGCCGAUAUCGCAGAAGCCGCCAUUUUCUUUGUUCUUGCUGCUGCAGAACGGCACCAUUCCCGGGUCUUCCGCUGAGCUUCCAAGUAUCCCUCACUAUAUUUACACGCUCGAAGUCUCUACCUCUUUUCCAUUUCGGAUAUUCUGUUCUUCUACCGCAAUUCUUGCUCCGAAGUGAAACUGAAGAAAAGCGUCUUCGAAAAGCUUAUGAUUCGUUCUUUUGUCCUUAAUUUUUUCCGGAAGAAGAUUUGAUCAAGUGCCAAAGUAAAAGCGCUUCUUGCAAAUUUCCAAGUUGAGAUCAACAGUUGUUUGGUUCAGUGCUGAAGAUAUUUCAGAUUGGUUUAUAGGCUGCGAAGAGUUUCUGAUGGAUGAGUAUUGCAGUAAAAGAGUUCAUGUGGGAAUUGUUUCUAGGAAGGGACCUGGUGUAGUUUUGAGGGAUAACAUGAAGCAGAGGGAUCAAAGUAAUCGACACAGCGACCGUCUUGGCUGCACUGGCAGGAUAUGCUCCAGUAGUGAUGCACAAGUUGGCCGUUCGAAUAAAGCCAGCUCAAAACGACUAUUCCGCAGCUCGAGUGGUAAAGAAGUUGUUGGAAGUUCCUCUGCAAUCAGAAAUUUCAGGAAUUCUUUUCCGGAGCCUUUUGGAAAGCUAUCAUCUAAGCUUGAAACUGAUUCGUCUGAUAAUGAUAGCAUUCAAGAUGAGUUGGAAGAAAUGGAAUUCACCUCACCUCCUGGAUUGCUCCAUACAGGGCUUCAUGUAAAAUCCGAACGUUCGGUGCCUGCUGAUGCCAUGUUGAUGGAAAGGGGAAGCUGCAGUAUGAACUCUAACAAUAAAUCUAAGAGAAACACCAUUCAAAGAUAUAAAGUGGACAAUCAAGAAACUCAUGCAUCAAUGUGGCCUAGAAGUCUUUGCCAGAUAUCAAACGGUGGUUCCAGUAGGUUCGAUUCGAGAAACCUCGCAUGUGAUUCAGUAUCUGAAAUAGUUUCAUCAGAUAGUUCUUUGCUGGAUCAAAACCUUGUGAGAAGGAAGAAUGUAACAAAGAAAAUGAUAUAUGAUGGUGAGAACAGUUCCAAUUCUAGAGAAAAGAUAGUGAGUGGAACUUCCCGAGGACAGAAGUGUAGUUAUAGGCAUGGCAUCUCUAUUUCUGAUCAAAGACCAGGUCGAAACGUGUUUCACAAGCAAAAUGUUCUUUCAUCACAUGGGACUCGAAGUUGGACGAGUGGAUGUGGUGGGGCGAGGCAUUCUCAAGGCAUUAGUGAUAAUCUGUCGGUGCACGAUUCACUAACGAUGACUUCAUGGACGCCUCGGACUAGUGUCUCCAGUUCCUCAAAUGCUUCUAGUUCACUUCAGUUAUCUUCAGAAUCACACUCCAGACACCGCAUGACUUACCCUGAACCAGAGGGCUAUAGUCGAAGUCUACAUGCUGCAGAAGCUGGUAUUUCAAACACUUCAACAAAUGUAAACAGUUUUCGAUGUCGCAAUGUCAAUGGCAUUGCCGAGGUAUUAUUGGCAUUGGAGAGAAUCGAGCGGGAGGAGCGAACUUACGAGCAGGCCAUUCUUCUCGAGACGAGUACGUUCCUUAAUCGCCUGAACAUCUAUGAUCAGCACAGAGACAUGAGACUUGACAUUGAUAACAUGACAUAUGAGCAACUUUUAGAUUUAGAAGAGGGAAUGGGGACAGUAAGCACAGCACUGUCUGAAAAAGAACUGACUGAAUGCCUUCAUAGAAGCAUCUAUCAGUCUAAACCCGAAGGAGGAACGGCCACGGGUUCGGUCGAGGAUUUGAGCGACGUCAAAUGUUGUAUUUGUCAGGAAGAAUAUGCGAGUGGAGAUGAAGUUGGAAGACUGCAAUGUGAGCACAAGUAUCAUGUAGCAUGCAUUCAACAGUGGUUGAGGAUGAAGAACUGGUGUCCCAUUUGCAAAUCAACAGCUUUAUCACCCUUUCAGAUGAUUUAAACCCAUUUAACUUUAUGUUUCUUUGUUCAAAUUACAUCUGUUUGUUGGAAAUCAAUGAUUUUAUUAUUCAUGUUGUUAAUUAAUAAAAUGAAUG